AUGCUAGGUGUCUUGUUGGAAGGCGGAAUAGACACAACCUCCACUGUCUUCUGCAACGUCGUACUCGCAUGCAUCUCUCACCCCGAUGCAACUCGAAAGGCGCAAGAGGAGCUUGACCGUGUAGUUGGCAUGACACGACUCCCUUGCACCGACAACUUACCGCAUCUUCACUAUGUGAGGGCCUUCAUUAACGAAGUCCUGCGCUGGCGUCCUUUGGUUCCAGAGGGCGUGCUCCGCUAUACCUCUGAUGAAGACCACUACCGAGGGUAUCAUAUUAGAAAGGGUACGAUUGUUAUGUUCAAUCACUGGUCAGCCCAUUUCGACGAAGACCUGUACUCGAAUGCCAAGGCAUUUGAACCAGAGCGCUGGAUUGAGAACCCUGACCUGCCACUUCAGCCUUUCGGUGUGGGCAGGAGAGCAUGUCCAGGGCAACAUCUCUCCCGUGCCUCGCUUAGUGCUAUUAUACCUCAAAUGCUUUGGGCUUUCAAUAUUGAGCCUGGUCGUGUGGAUGGUGUGCCGAUUGAUAUUGAUCUAUCAAACCUAACUCAGACGGGGACGCUGCUCCGGCCAAGUCCGUUCAAGGCAAUCUUCACACCUCGAGAUGAGCACCACGCGACUCUGAUAAAGCGUAAAUCUGUCUCCCGGGAUAGGGAAAUCAGCGCUGUACUUGAUCGCGUUGGGUCAGCAGUUGGCAAUCUCUCCCGAAAGGAGGGUAUGUCGAAGUAA